UGUUGUUCAGUCAAACAUUUCCAGCUAAACUCGUUAGCACUGCUAACCAUUUCUCUGCAUGGAUUCUGUUUUUGCCUCUCUCUCUCUCUCUCCUUCAUGGAUUUUAUAGACCAACUUCUGUUGUAUCGUAAAUUAUAAAAAAAAACAAAACAUAUAUAUAGCUUUACCUCUAAAAAAAAAUACAUAACAUAACACACAAACUCACCAACUAUCUAUUACAUAUAUAACUUUUUUACGUAUAUGAAAAAAAAAAAUUAAGAUGGAGAAAAAUUAAUUAUUAAGCUGGCCACAAAACGUCGUCGCUGCAAUAUCCCUCGCCCGUGCUUCUGUCGUGGAAACUGGAGAAAAUAUUUAAGCAAAGACAUCCCAACGUAUUCUUUCUUCGUUUGUGUUUUUUUCUUCAUGACGUCAUUAUGACGUCAGUGUAAAUAUGGCGGCCAUCGAGAGGAGCCAGAUUGCGCAGUCCAAAAGCAGUCUCGAAGCUGCUGCUGAGGCUGCAGCCAAAGUUAAUGCUAUGCUUAUUGCUAAAGGAAAAUUAAAGCCCUCUCAACUAGUGCAGCCAGUUGUGAAUGCUAAAUCUAAGCCUGUACAAGAACAUACUGGAAUAAAUAUUGGACCGGUAUCACAUCCUGGCAAUUUGAUAGUUGCAGCGGUAGUCAUCAAUGAUGUUCCCACACACUGUCGAAAUAUGCUUACAAAAGGCACGGCACAAGAAGAGAUAUCAAAACUGAGUGGAGCUUCUGUUUCUACAAGAGGCAGAUAUAUGAGUCCUGAAGAUAAAAUAAAAUUUGCAGGACAAGCUAAAGAAAAACCAUUGUACCUUUGUGUUCAAGGACCAACUCAGGAAACUGUUGACAAUGCAGUAAGCCGUAUAAACGAAAUUAUAGCUAAUGGUCUUCGACCAAAAGGUAGUAGGUUCUCUCCAAUUGUGCGUCCCCCUUCAAAUUUACCCCCUGGCGUACGUCCUCCACCAAUCAACCAACCUCCUCCCACAAUGAUGUCUUUCCAGCCUCAACAUCAUCAGAGCUUAACAUUUGUUCAAGAGAAAUUAUUCAUUGGACUAGAACAUGCACCACCAACAUUUGAUGUGAAAACCAAAAUUCUUGGUCCUGCUGGCUGCUUUUUGCAACACAUUCAAAAUGAAACUGGUGCAAAAGUAACACUAAGAGGAAAGGGAUCAAAUUUUAUAGAAUCUACAUCAGGCCGUGAAGCUUUUGAGCCUAUGCAUAUCCAUCUCCAACAUGCAAAUAUUAUGGGACUGCAACAGGCCAAACAGCUUGCAGAAAAUCUCAUACAAACGGUUCAGCAAGACUACGCCCAGUUUCAGCAGGCCCUGGCUGCCAUACCCGCAUCCAUGAGUCCUGGGACAGCCACCUUGUUGGCUGGCUUACAGCAGCAGACCUCGGCCAACCCUAAUUGCGGUCCCGGUGGGAUGAUGGCCCAGCAGCAGAGUAUUCCACAGCUUAGUGUCUCACAACAGCCUCAGUAUUCACAGAUUCCAGGUCCAGGCAUGCAGACUGUGACGUCCUUGCCACCAACCUUUCAGCAAGUUCUGCCAACGUCGUCUGUUGUACUCUCGGCCAAUUCUCUUCCUGCGAGUCUGACCAGUAUGCCACCACCAACAUUGGUGUCCCAAGCUUCUGCUCAAGGUAUGGCCAGCUCAGCUAAUGCAGGUGGUUUAGUAAUUCCUGUUUCCUAUUCCACAUCACUAACACCUAUGCCUAUGGUCACAAGUCUCUCAACAUCUCCACUUCUCUCGGUUGGCGCUGGUCCUCCACCGGCUGCUCCUGCGGGUCAAAUGGAUGCCAGUGGAAGUUUAUUACCAAACGCUUCCCUUCCGCCACCUCUUUUACAAGUCUCAACAGCUCCUGGUAUGAGUCAAUAUGCAACCACUACAAACGAUCCGUUUUUAGGCAAUGCUAAUUUAGGUAAUCCCCAACCUGCCCAAGUGAUAGUUGGCCAGCAGACAGUCACCCCUCUUGGUAUGUCAUUAAGUGGUGGAAACCCUCAGAUGGCCCCCCAAUAUGGUUCUCCUGUUCCUAAUUCAAUAGCACCUCCAAUGAAUGCACUACAACCUGGAGUGCAAUUUGUUUCUCAGCAACAGCUCCCGCCAGCUGGACAACCACCACCACCCUACUAUGGACAGUUUUCUGGUAGUGCUGCUAGUCUGCCGAUGAGUCUUCCUGCAGCUGCCACGUACACUGUUGCUCCAACGACAUACGCCAUUACAACAACAGGUUAUGCCUAUAAUGUCGGGCCACCGAAAGACGAUUCUGUUCAACCUCCACCUCCACCACCUCAUCAUGCACCUCCUUCACAGUCACCCGUCCCGCCACAGCAGCCUCCAAAGCGGAGAUUUACUGAAGAGAAACCUGAAGAUAAAAUACCAGAGAAUUUGUUGGGCUAUCAGCAUGGUCCUCCUCAGUUGGCCAAUAUGAUUGCUUCUGGUCCUCCACCACCUGUAGUAGGAAGCCAUCACCAGUCACCUGUGACACAGUCUUUUACCCAGCCUUUAGUUGCAGUCACUCAGACAUCUCAGGUUUAUGAAGAAUUCAGAAAUCAAGGGUUUGCAAACCCCCCUCCUGUGAACCAACCGGCAUUUGUCACCCCACCUCCUCCACCACCCCCAUCUCAUAGUCCAUCCCCAGAGAGGUCUGAAGUAGAUAAGCACUUGAUGCCUCCUCCUCCACCUCCCGGAAGCAAACGUACGGCGCAGCAUCAAGGAGGUACUGAGACACAGGAACAACGUAAAAAAAUCAAAGGCGCUCUUGGCAGUGUAGCCGUAUAUGGAUCUGAUGAUGAAGAAGAUGAUUCUAGUUCUCCAAGUCGACAACAACAGCAACAGAGGACUGUCCCUUACAGCCAGUCAAGUUCUACAAAUGCUGCCUAUGUUCACCAAGGGCAGCCCAGUCCCCCACCUCCAUCUUUGCCUGCCAACCAUUAUGAUCAAUACUUGCCAGGGCAAGUAUCAACAUCAUCCCAACAGCAACAGCCAUUGCAGCAUGGACAGUAUUCUCCUCCGGACCCUAACAAUGGAACACCUUAUCAACCAUGCUCUAGUCCAACAAACUUUGCUAGUAAACAGUCCACAACACAACCACAACAGAACAACCAUAGGAACUCAUAUGAACAAAUUUUGUCUACACAAGCUUCUCAGUUUGGUGUACCGCGACCACUCAGCCAGUCAACUUUUGCUACAUCUACAACUGGGUUGCAAACAUCUCCAGCCUAUAUCCCUCAGCAACAACCACAGCAACAACAACAGCAGCAGCAACAGCAACCCCAACCCCCUCAAUUUAAUGGACACACUUCAGCUGUCGCUGCUAAUCAAGGCUACCUUCAACAGUUUGCUAACCAACCACCCCCUUCACAGCAGUUUUCAGGACAACCAAGCAACCAAGCUCCUCCAUUCCAACCACCUCCACCACCUGGCAUGUCUUAUUGGAUGUCUCCUGCCUGAACAGUGGUUUUUUUGUUGGGUUUUUUUUUUCCAAAUUUAUUAUUUUUUUUUUAUUGUAUCAAUUUGCUGUCUGUGACUGUUUUCACUUUGUUGUUGAUGAACAAAAUAUAUCGUUGUUCCUUUCUCUCCCGCUUUAUUCUUCUCGUGACUGUAAGAAAACAAUUCAGAUAGGGGAGAAACUGUCCAGAAAAGGGACAAAAACUUUAUUUUGUCAAUCAUCAAAAUAGCAUUACCUUUGUCAUCACUGGUCUCAAUGUUUUCUCCUCCAUUUCACUUCAUCCUAUAUAUAUAUAGCAGUGUAUGUCGAGUACAUUUUGUGAAUCAAGCAUUGCAGGGCUAGCAACUUUCAAUAAUCUUACUGGGUUAUUUUUGUCCCUCUUCCUCUCACAUAUAUGUGCACACUUAACAUAUAUGCACAUACUUAUUACACUCAAAACAUUGUCAUAGACAUUAUACAUAUAAUGACAGAUAAUUCGUGAUUUUUUUUUUCUUUUUCUCCCCUCCCCCCCUUCCCGUGUUAAGACAGGUAUUUUUAUUUUCAUUUUUACCUUUAACUCUCCAAAAGCUUCUAAAAUUUGAAGAUUUAUUUAUACAGCUAUUAUUAAAUCAUUAGCAAAUACAGAGUAACAUGAUUUAUCUAUUGUUGAUUUGAAUUGCAUUAUUUGUCCUCUUUCAAUAUGUUAUGACAAGCCAAGAUUCAGUGAUACAUUUAUUGUUUUCAUUUACUUUUAAUCAAUUAUUUUGUUUUCUUACUAUUUUAUUCAUAGUAAGUUGGGCUGUGUUUUACAAGUCUUCAACAAUUUAUGGCACCAAUUGUAUUUUAGUUACCUUAAAACAGUGUUUACAGUCAUUAACUUUAAUUGCAUAUUUAAUUAAGGAGACAAAGGUUGCUUUCGGGAUUCAAUCUUAGAACUGGAAACAUUGAUUUGGGGCUGUCAUAAUAAAAUCCUUUUCUUCCCCAUUAUUACUUUUUGGGGGAACUCCAUAGAGUUGCAAUUCAAACCUUAAAGUUUGCCUUAGUUCUGGCGAAAUAAAUCACUUUUUCACUCUCUGCUAAUAUGGACUUUUCCUGGUUUUAAAAUGAUAGAAUUAUAUUGAGUGUUUGUGAAUAAUUUUCUUGUGUACCUAUAAGAGUGAUUUUUUAAAAAAUAACAACUUAGAUUCUUCCUGUGAUAAAUGCAAGCCAGUUGAAUUACAUUAAUUUCAAAAGGUUCACAUUCUUUAUAUACUUGAUAUUUCAUCCAUUCAGGGGGUGGGAUUUUGGAUUUGUGAUUCUAAUUGAAAAUUCAGAAUAUUUUGAUUAAAUUGAUUCAAUUUAUUUCUUCUUCUCAUGUACGAGUUCCUCUGUUAAAUGUAAUGAAAAUGUUGCUUAAUCAUUUUAGCCUUAGUAUUUUAAACUUUUCAAGACCACAGUUGCUUGGAGACCCCUGCAAUGAAAGCACAUACAAAAAUAGAUAUUGUUGUGGCUAUUUUCAAAUUACUUUUAUUCUAAAUGAACAUUUUAGUGGCACCAGCCAUUCUGGUCUUGAAAUAGUUUAACAAUGGCAAAAAUUAUUAGAUGAGAGGGGGAAAGUCUUCCAUAUAACUCUAUAUUUGUUUUGUUUUGUUUUUUCUUUACAGUUAUUUUUAGCCAAUGCAUAGUUAGAAAUUCUUGUCUUAUUAAUAUUAUAUCAGAUCCCUCUCUACAAAAUGUGAAGGAUUGUGAGACAAAGAAAGGGUCAUAUUUAAUACUUUUGCAUUUGCAACAGAAGAAAAAUGUAUGCAUUGCUUUUUAAUUAAAUUAUUUUCAAAUUUAUUUGUGCCUUCAACUUGCUGCUUAGAUUUAAAUCAUUCAUGUUUUAAACUGAGAAUGAUUAAAUUUUUCGUUAUUAAGGUUUUUUUUUUUUUCAUCAAUGUAGACUUAAUUCUUCUGCAAACUGAAUUUAUAAUUGUUUCCUAGAAAUAUUAUUACUUUAUGUAAUGACUAGAUUCAUGAUCUUACAUAUAAUAAGAAUUCUUUAUUGUAGAUUGAUUUCACUCUAUAAUCAGUUUGUUUCAUCUUACAUUCUUGAAAGUCUCCCUUUUAUUGUAGAAACAUAGAACCAUUUUUUUUAUAUAUAACUGAUCUAUUUUAUCUGUAAUGAUUGAUUACAUUCACUUGGCACAUACAAAUAUUUAUUUAUUUAAAUUCCUGCACAUUUUCUUUUUCCAAUAUUAUUCAAAAUAUUUUUCUUAGAAAAAAAUAAAACAUGAAAAAAACUUUAUAUAUAUAUAUAUGUACGUAUGUAUAUAUAUAUAUAUUAACCUUAUUAAUAUGUGGUGUUCUGUGUCUGGGAAUGGGGAAUUGUAACGAAAUAUAUAUUUUUAAAUGCUGUCUACCAGCAGUGAUUAAUUUUAGAACUUGGACUUGAGAAACCAACAUUUUCUUAACUAAUUUCACUGGUUCAACUACAUCUCCCUAUCUCUUCAUUUCCAAUUGCACAUGCUUCUGUAAUUCCUGUUUUGUGUUUUCCUGUGUUGGAUAAUGUCAGAUUGUCAUUAUUGGAGAUAACACCUUACAACUAGCUUGUUGCCAGAACAAUCUCUCAGAACACACAAACUUUCCUAUAAUUUAGUGUUUUGUGGGGUGUGCAGCAGAGGAGUACAGUUUUUGUGAUUCUUUUUAAAAACCUCUCUCUCUAAUUAUUUUGAUGAAUAGUUUGAACAAGCUCUUUUUCAAAUUGUCCCUCCACCUGCUUGGUUUUUUUUUUCUCAUUUCCAUCCUUUGAAAGCAAAAGCUGUACAAUCAGUAACUUUGCUGUUUGAAAUGAUGCCUUAAACUAGGAUGUCUCUAUAAGAAGUAUUUAUCCGCUGAUCUUCCUCCCUAACCUGCUACACUCCCUAUUUCUUAAAAUGUAUGCAUUGUCUGCACUACAUAUCAUGGUGCUCAUUAUUUACUGAGAAUUCCUGUAAAUAUAUUAUAAAUACAAAUUAUUUUUCUCCAUUUCAGAGGAUUGAUGAUUCAUAGAGCUGUUUAUAAUAAUAAUAAUAAUAAUAAUAAUAAUUCAUGUGUGUGCCUGUUUGUUAGUUGAUAUUUGCUAACUAAAUAAAAGUGAUUUGGUCUCUUUGAAGAGGACUGAAUUGAGACUUUGUCAGUGAUAGCUUUCAAGAUUCUCUCUCUUUCUCUCUCUCUUUUCCCCAUCCUCAACAGAUAAUGGGGGAUAAAAAAAAGCCUUUUCUAUUAAUGUAUUUCUUGUAAUUUUACCCCCCUAUAUAGUAUUUUAAUGAUUAGAAGGGAGUUGAAUUUUCUGAAUGCAGAAAGAUUGAAAAGAGAAAGAGAGAAUAAACUGAAUGAAGGCACAAAAGAGAAGUGAUGAGGUUCAUUACUUUCCCUUACAAUGUGCAGCAAUAUAAUAACGAUGAUAAUAAUAAUUAAUAAUAAUAGCUCUGAUACUUGACAAAGUCUCAAUGGUACUACAAGUACCAAGACAAAUGGUUCCAGUCCUGCAGAGAACAAAACUUGGGACACAGUUUGUGAUCUCUCUCCUGCCCUUUUCUUGGUUAUAUUGAAGUGGGCUAUAUUGUGAAAAUUGUAAAACAUUCUCUUUCAUAUUUGUAUAUAUUUGCUGGUGUUUAGAAUUUGUCAUAUUUGUGUCCUUCACAUCCUUAAAUAAAUUGUUAUAUUGCUACUA